AGUUUUAUUCUUUGGUAUAAUUUUAUGAGUGACUCGUCGUGGCGUACAUUUAUAUUUUAUUUCUUUUCCUCUUAUCGCCAAUUUAUUCAACAUAUUUGGUUGUUAAUAUUUUAAAUUAGUUUACAUUUCCAAAGACAUGUAAAGUCUCAUUUGCAUUUAAUGUAACAUCUGUGUUAAUUACGCGUUAGAAAAAAUCUGGGCGAAAAAUCAAUUUAAUUCGUAUGAAGUUUCUGGUGAACCAAGGUCUUCCUAUUGAAAAUUAUUUCCUUUUGUAGCGUGUCUGAAUUUUUUCCAAUGGCAGUUACAUUCCCAAUAGUGAUUUUAACGUUGACGCUAAUAAAUAACAUUGACGCUAUAUCUAGGAUCGAUCCUUUGGUCGAAACUAAAGUCGGAUUGAUCAAAGGAUUAAGAUCGGAUAAUAAUGAUUUUUCUUUAUUUUUGGGUGUACCAUACGCGAAAGUAAACAGGAGUAAUCCAUUUGGGGUGUCCAUCCCAUACCCAAGUUUCCUAGACACAUUUGAAGCCUUCCAAGAAUCCCCAAGAUGCCCACAAGCGAGCACAUCAUCAAACCAAUCUUUGGACUGCCUCAGCCUUAACAUUUACGUGCCCACAAACGCAACGUCUCAGAAUAAAUUACCCGUUAUGGUUUGGAUUCAUGGUGGUGCAUUUUCAAGUGGGUCCGGCAGCAGGGACAGUGCUGGCCCCGAGUUUCUCAUCAGAUAUGAUGUUAUACUUGUUACGGUGUAUUAUCGUCUUGGGCCUUAUGGUUUUAUGUGCCUGGAUCAUCCAGAGGUGGCAGGCAAUCAAGGUCUGAAGGACCAAUUAAUGGCUUUAAGAUGGAUUAAUGAAAACAUUGAAGCCUUCGGAGGGGACGCUAAUAAAAUAACAAUAUUUGGCGAAAGUGCAGGUGGACAUUCCGUGGAGCUACAUUUACUAUCUCAAGCCGAAAUUUUGUACAACAGAGUGAUUUUACAAAGCGGUAGCGCUGAAGCGCGAACGGUACUGAUCGAACCUGAUAAAUCUGCUCCAUUGAAAAUUGCCGAUCGCCUGGGUCAUACAACUGACAAUAUUGAAGAGGCACUAACAUUUUUGUCAUCAGCUAGCACAGAAUCAGUAAUUACAGCGGCAUCAAGUCUAGGUAUCGAGUUUAAGCCUUGUGCUGAAAAUCCGUUUGAACAAGUUGAUUCUUUCAUAACAAAACGUUGGGCAAAUGCAAAAAUACCAAAGGUAGCCAACAUACCUGUGCUGAUAGGUUUUAAUGAUCAUGAAUUAAUGAUAACGCAUGUGCUUGGCGAUGCCCAGCAUUUUGCGUCUUUGGACAUUUUCACCACAUACUUAAACAAAACCUUUAACUUCGAUAGCGACACUUUGGAGGAAAUGACUCAGUACGUUCGGCAAUUUUACAUCGGAGAUGAUCCGAUUACUGAAGAAAAAAGGUGGGAGAUAAUUAAUUAUGAUUCAGAUUUUGUUUACAUUCAUCCCAUUCAAAGGACUAUCAAUAAAUUUAUUGAAGGACAUGCUCGUAAUAUUUACUAUUACAUGUUCUCUUAUGACGGUGGGAGGAAUUUGGUAAAAGUGAGUCGUGGUAUUAAUGCACCUGGGGUUGCACAUGCUGAUGAGCUUGGAUAUAUAUUUUCUAUUAAGAGUUUAUCUAAUAAGACCAGCCCUGAAGAUCAGCUUAUGGUUGAUCGAAUGACCACAAUGUGGACAAACUUCGCCAAAUUCGGCGACCCCACUCCAGAAACCACUGAGCUAUUACCAAUCAAAUGGGAUCCAAUAACGAAGGACAGCUAUAACUAUUUGAAAAUUGAUUCGGUGCUUACUUUAGGCAAUCGACCUUACAAAGAAAGGAUGACUCUAUGGGAUUUAUUCUACAAACUGAAUGAAAAGAAACAAAAGUACUACGAUGAGAGCAACGAAGAUUCUUUUUAAUAUUUGUAUAAUAUUAUAAAAUAUGCUUUAAUUUUUUGUAAUCCAGCUGUUUUUGAUUGUAUAAGAUUUAAAUAUCGAAAUUGCAUGCUAUCAAAUAGGUAGUCUUAGAUUGUGGUCUUUAUAAACUUCACCACGCUUUAGAUUGACUAUCUUUAUCGACCUUAUCUCUUAUAUUAU